AUGGAGGGACGGGUGGAAAUCCGUUACAACAAUAAGUGGCUUUCUGUGUGUGACCAUACAUGGGCUGACCAGGAUGCCACGGCCGUGUGUAACCUUCUGUCAACCUACCCUCUUAGUCGGCAAGUGAAGGGAAUUGCACAACGGCACAGUCUUUAUGGUCACGGGACGGGUCAACUUGUUACCGCACAUUUUCCAUGCAAUGCGGAUGGAUAUAAUACCGACGACUGUUUUAAACAAUGGCAAUUCGACGCUGACUGUGAUCACAGAAAUAAUGCAGGUGUUUCGUGUAAAGCACAUAUGCAUAUGACACUUGGAAGCCACCGACCCGCGUCUGGUUUUGGUCCCGAAGGAACACUGCAAAUGCAAUUUGAAAACAAUAACUUCACAAUAUGUGACAGUGGUUUUGACACAUAUGAUGCGUCAGCAGUGUGCAGGAAUCUUGGAUACUGGAGCACAUCACCGACAACAUUUUACGAUGCCUGGUUCGGUGAAGGGACAGGAACAGCACUUAGGUUAAACCCCUUGUGCUCUGGAAACGAGGCAAAUAUCGCAUUCUGUCAAGAUACGAAUCUGUGGGCAUCUCAGACUUGUAGCCAUGUCAAUGAUGUUGGAAUUAACUGUGCCCCUGCUGCAUUAGGGCGAAACCGUGUCCGUCUGGUAAACGGAGAGAAUCCCGGGACUGGACGAUUGGAGGUGUUUUAUAAUGGGCACUGGGGUGCUUUUUGUUGGGAACAUUGGGACCAGAGUAAUGCAGCGCCUGUAUGUAAAACUCUCCGAUACAGUACGGUUAAUCCAAAGGGAUUCCAAAUACAAAGAAAUCAGACUUCUAUGACGGUCGGACAACUCCAUUGUCAUGGUUACGAAAGUGACAUUGGGAUGUGCUCCGCGGAUUUGGAUAAAACAGGAUGUGGUGAUACUGCUGUGGGAAUCGAUUGUUCAGAUGGUGUCAACGUUCGUCUUGUUGGAGGACCUUCGGAUAUCAGUGGACGUGUAGAAAUCGCUGACGAGGGAUUUGUUGGGGCACUUUCAAUACAUAGGUCUAUCUUCGGACACAAUGAAGCAAUUGUUCUAUGCAGAACUAUGGGAUACAGAGAUACAACUCCACAAAUUCUUCAUGAUACACAUGGACGUACCGAUGGUUACAAUGCUGUGCUGGGAGAACUAAAAUGCGGCGGUUGGGAGGACCACAUCAAACAGUGUUCGUUCACACAGACUAGGGGUAUAUCCCCUGAUGUAGCCUUUGUCAGUUGUUUUAAUUGCUCAAGUGUAUCGAUAGAACCCUCUGGUGAAAUGUCUAGUCCAAACUAUCCUAGUGCCUAUACUGACAAUGCAGAUUGUCUCUAUAUCAUUAAGCCACAAGAUGACACCCGUUUGUACCAGUUACAGAUCGAAGAUCUGUCGAUGGCUGAUUCAGGAGACUACAUCGAGAUCAGAGAAAGUCCAAACGGACAAAUUCUUGGAAAUUAUUCAACUUCUGGACAUCUACCAAUACUAGCAGGAAAAGCAUUCUGGAUACGGUUUAGGACAAACUCCUAUGGUCAUUCCACUGGGUUCCGCAUAACCUGGAGAGAGCUGACGUUUAAUGACACUAUGACUACUUCCUGUAUUGGGAAUGAUUGGACCGUACAUGUGAACAUCACACUGGCUUUACUGCUUCGCCCUAACAUCACAGUUUCUAGCAUCAUUCUAACGGAAGCCAAUACGUGCAAAGGUCACGUGAUCAGUGAUGAAGUGGUCUUCUCCAAGGCAUACCCAGGCUGUAAUACAAGCAACCGUUCCAGGUCUGGCAGACUUCGAGAGAUUACUGGCAGAGAAGAUAGACAUAUCUGUUUAGACAGAAAAGGCAAGUCCCAUUCACCACUGCCACCAGGCUCAGGACAGACGAAGGUCAGAAGUUCAAGUUGCCAGCGUACAGUCAACAGACGUUUGAACAAUAUACAACUUCGCUCUACUACGCCGGCUACUAGAACGUCGCCUGUUGAACGCCAACAAGCAAAGCUGCAAUGGGCACGUGGCUACUGGACUUAG